GAAGAGUGGGAAGACGAUGAAGAAGAAGAAUGGGAGAGCGAUGAAGAGGACUGGGACUCUGGCUAUGGAAGUCUCUCCUCCGAGGAAGACAGUGAUGAAGACGUGGACGACGAGGAGGAAGAAGACGACCAGCGUUUCCCUCCAGAGGAGGUUUGGGCCGGCUGGCACCAGAGGGCCCCUCCUGCUCAAGCUGUGGACGUGGUGGGUGGUCCCCCGUCCCCCGUUCCUCAGCAGCGAGCAGAGAGCCCUCCUCCUCCGUCUGGUCCCGUCGUUGAAGAAGAGCGUCGCUCGUCUUCUCCCGCUGCUGUCCCCCCUGCGCCCUCCUGCCGUCCUGCUCCUUGCCUUCCCCCUGUGGGCCCUGCUCUGGACUUCCUGCCUCUCGGUGGAUCCAAGCGCCACAGAGAUGAAGGUGAGGAUGAAGAGGAAGACCCCAGCUCCAAGAGGAAGCGCCUUUCCUCCUCUGAGGACAGCUCCGAAGACCCCGCCCCCUCCACAUCUUCCGGGACGUUUGCAAACUUCCCUCGGCACUUCCACCGCCUGCCCCAAGACCCUGAGUCAGACGAUGACUGACUUCAGUCUCACAGACUCUGGGCUUGGUAGCGUCACAUCGGCAGCAUUUACCACCUUCACCAGCGCCGAUUUCACCUCAUGUACAUAGUUUUUCCAUUUAGUAUCUUAGCUGUGUGUGAAGUAGUAGUAGUAGCUGUGUGUGCAAAAAUCAUUUUUCAUUUUUCGUGUGUUUCAAAAGAAGAGAAAGCAAGGAAUAGUAUGUAGGAUUUCUAAAAUCUUGAAAUUCUUGAAUUCUGAAACGUCUUACAAAGCAAAAAGAAAGUUCAAUGUGAUGAGUAAUAGUAAUAAGUAAAUAGUGAGAGAUAAACCAAAUUGAAGCUGCUAUGACACAGAUGUCCUGCAUAGUACGCCUUGCAUUCUGCUCUGGGCAUAGGUGGGUUAGAGGUGUGUUUGCUGUGUUUGUUUGCUGUGUUUUUUUGCAUGUUGAAAGAGAAGGAAUAUUAUGUAGGAACGUAACAGACACAACAAGAACAAAUUGUCUAAAUGUACUCAAUGACUAAAGUGUAAUUGAGAAAAAAGUCCCUCUGAUACUUGUGUGUGGUUUCCUGCAUAGUACGCCUUGCCUUGUGUUUCCUUUGAGCUGGUUCCUCUCUGGCCGUAGGAGGGUUAACUAACUCAUGAAUGCACUUUUACUUUAUAAUCAAGUGUGAGACGUGGAGACUUGGGUUUGUUCACUAACUUGUCGGCUGGUAGGACACUCCCUAAUUCUCCUGUUUAAGUUGAACUGUGUGUUUCCAUGAGAAAACAUUGUACGUGCUUCUUUGCACAGAGUAUUGGUACACAGAAGCCUGUUUUUCAGAAUGGGUGUUUAUUGAAAGGAGGGCCUAAAGCAAAGUGCAUCUCUAGAGUAUUUGUGGAUUAAUCCCACAGAAGGAGUGUACAUGUGCUCUUAAUGCUUUCCUCCAGUGCCAUAAAAAGGGCUUUGAUUGGGGGAGGCCGCUGUGUAAGUAUGUCUAUAUAUGUAUGUCCACAAAUGUGUUCCAGUGGGAUCCAGCGUGUCCUGGUGAGUAAAGAUCAAUACUAACAUAAUAUUUAUAUGAAUUACUAAAGACUGUUGUUCUCUUUCACAGAAAGGUGUCGCUGAUGGAGCUGUCCAUGGUAUCAUCCACAAAGUGCAGUGAACCACCACCAGAGGGAGCCCUGAUCCUAACGCCAGAACACAAGGAUUCAUCGUCAUCUCUGCUAAGACGUCUACAACUACAAUGACUUAUCUCGCUCCAGUCAGAUGAUCCACACACCUCUGAUCCAGAAACAUUCCUGGUGUGUGUGUGACCCGUCAGAUGCUCCGGCCCA